AUGUCUCUUCUCAACGCACAAGAACUACAUGUUUUCCAUGCUCAAGACAGAGAGAUAUUCUCUAAAUUGGUCCUCAAAUUCUCAAGGCCUCCAGCUGAGUCACUUCUUGUCAUGGCCACAUGGCUUUGGCUCGAGGACUUUGGCUUUGAAAACAUUUUCUCAAUCAUCCUCACUCUCACAGAUCCACUCAUUGCCGGUCUUGCUUACGAAGCUGUCUCAUGCUUUCAGUGCCUUUCUUUAAACAAUCCCCCAAUUGGCCGAAUCCCUCUCACCACAAAAUAUCUGAAAAAGAAUAUAUCACUCCAAAUGAUCUACAAAAAUCGAUAUAGUGCUAUCACAGGAAUCAAAAACUUCUUAACCACUGUUUGUACCAGAAUCUUCACCGACAUCCUUCUACGAGUUCUUCCACCUUCUUCAAUGUCUUCCUUUGACGCAAGACUUCGCCAACCUCUUCAAAUCCCCGGGUUCCCUCAUCCGAUUUUUGGAAGCAUCAAUGUGAUGCCUAAUGAAGUUGAUAGGGAUAAUUUCUCCAACAAGAACAACAACUUAUUUUUCAUCCCAAAUGGUCUAUGGGGCUGGAACGCUAAUUGCAUCGCCACUGAGAACGAUCGGACCUUGUUUUUAACAUUUUCUCGUGGUUAUCCAGUGACUCAUGCUGAGAUAAUUGAGCUCUUUACCAAGGAGUAUGGAGAAAAUUGUGUUGAGGGAGUUUACAUGCAACAUGACAACAAAAGAUCUUUCAAUGCAAACGCAAAUAGGAGCUGCGAGCAACAAUCACUAUUUGCGAGGCUUGUCUUGGACUCGGUUACUACCGUGGACCGCGUACUCGAUGACGAGCAGAAAAAAGAGCUUAUGAUUUACGGAAAGAACAUUUGGGCUCGUAAGUAUGAUAAGAGGGAGUGA